CGUUAAAAAUUUGGCGCAGUGUUUGUUUGUUAUUAUAGAAUUUAUUAGAAAAUUGAUCCAUAAUUACCCUUUUUCUUGUGGGUUGUUUGGCUGCCGAGAAAUACAGACACAAAUUUCCAAAAGCAAGGUGGCAAAAACAGAUCAGGGAAACAACAGGGAGAUCAAUACAAAAAUUACCAAAAGAAAAAAAAGGGUGGAAAAAGAAUUUAUGAGUUGAAGAACAGAGUCGACUCAGUGGCUGAGACUGAGAAAACCCUAAUUAGGGUUUUAGAAACUCGAUCGAUCUCAACGGCUAGUCUCAAAAUCAUCUGCGAAACUUUCUGUCCCCAAAGCUCUAGACCCCACCAACUUGGAGGCAGUGUCCUCUUGUAAACUAUUGUGGGUGUUUUAUCAGCAAUCUCUGAAUUUGGGGUCUAGUGAUUUAUGCAUUUAGCGGAACACUUCGCAUUUGAAGUUAAGAGACAGGCGGUCAUUUACAAGGUUAUAGCAAAUGGAAUUUUGCCCUACUUGUGGGAAUUUUUUGCAGUAUGAGUUACCACAUAUGGGCCGCCCUGCCAGAUUCUUUUGCCCAACAUGUCCAUACGUUUGCCAUAUAGAGACCAAGGUAAAGAUAAAGAGAAAGCAGCGUCUAGUUAAGAAAGAGAUAGAACCCAUCUUCUCCAAAGAUGACAUGAAGAAUGGACCCACAACUGAUGCAACAUGCCCACAUUGUAACUUUGGGAAGGCCGUCUUCCAGCAACUUCAGACCCGGUCUGCUGAUGAGCCCAUGUCAACUUUUUACUGGUGCCUGAAUGAGAAUUGUGGACGGCAGUGGCGUGAGGAUUAAAUGCUGUCAUGCCCAUUCUUUGGCCUAUAUGAGCGGCACCAAAGCAUCUUGCCUUUCUCCAGCCUUGGGCUGUAGAGUAGUCUGUCAUUUCACUUGUUUUUUUGGAUAUUUAUGAUGUUAAGGGAUGAUUAACACAACAAAAAUAAAAUAAUUGGAAAAUGUUCUCAAGUUUUACUUA